GCUUCCUAAUCAUAAAGUUGGGCUAGUAGACCUUCUGUCGCUCGAUAUUUAAACCCAAAAUAAAAAGUCACUGUAAUGACAACUGAGUCCCAAAGUGGUGCUCCGCUGCCCGUUGCUGGAAUAGUGAUAGCAGUAGUAUCAAGUUUCAUCAAUGGGUCGACAUUUGUGCUUCAAAAGAAGGGAAUUUUACGCUCUCGGGACAGAGGAGGGUCGUACCUAACAGAUGUGGUGUGGUGGAGUGGCACAGUGUCCAUGAUUGUUGGUCAAAUUGGGAAUUUCCUGGCGUACAAUGUGGCCCCUGCUGUGAUAGUGACACCUCUAGGAGCCCUGGGAGUUUUAUUUGGGGCUGUGCUGGCUUCUCAGAUCUUGAAGGAGCAUUUAAACAUCCUGGGGAAGCUUGGCUGUGUGUUAUGUUGCUGUGGCUCUGUUAUGCUCAUCAUUCAUGCACCUAAAGCAGAGACUGUAACAACAAGACUGGAAUUAGAGGAGAGGCUUUCAGACCCAGUUUUUGUACUCUAUGCCCUCCUGGUGGUCCUCCUGUUGGUCAUACUAAUUGUGUGGAUUGCUCCAGCAUAUGGCAAAUCAAACGUCAUGGUGUAUGUCGCUAUAUGUUCCCUCUUGGGAAGCUUCACAGUCCCAAGCAGCAAAGGACUUGGCCUGGCGGCACAGGACGUUUUUGGAGAUGCACCCCCGAGCAGCGAUGCUCUGGCUCUCUUCCUCGGCCUCCUGGCGACGUUGGCCGUCAGCAUUCUCAUACAGUUCUUCUUCAUCAACAAGGCCCUGGAAAGUUUCAGCUCCAACAUGUUUGAGGCCAUAUACUACGUGACGUUCACUUCCACUGUGAUUCUGGCUUCGGCUCUUCUUUUCAAGGAGUGGACGGCUCUCACUAUGAUGGACAGCCUCGCCAUGCUGUGUGGUCUGACAACAGUGUGUGUCGGAGUCGUUUUACUCCGUAUUUCUCAAGAGGCUUUGAUCACUUGGAAGACGAAGACAGACUAAUUUAAAUAUAUUUACAGGACUUUAUACUACUGCUUGAUUACAGUACAGAGUGUACACUUGCUUUGUUCUACACAGACUACAAAGUAAAUGACCAAAGCUUUGGUUUAUUUCAUACUAAUUUAAUUUAACAUUUUACUUGAAUCAUUUCACUGUUUCUUGUGAAACAGUUUUUAGUUAUUAUGUAACCUACAAAUACAAAUAAUUUAUAAAAAAGUAUAAUAAAAUACAUUCCUCUUUUGGCAAAAGUAUUUUUUGUCGAUUGUAUGAUUAACAAAAGCCGUUUUAACAUGUGCACUCUGUGAGUUACAGGAAGACUGCUCCUGAAAUGCUCCUGAUUUGAUUGUUCACACAUGAACCUUGCAGCGGGAGACUAUCCCAGAUGGGAAUGGAAUUUUUAUAUUUAAAUGCGAAAUAAUUAAAUUUCAAACAUGGGAUUAGAAAUGGGAUAAAUCGUAAUUAACUUUUGAAAUUUUUCUAUUAAUCACAAAAUGUUCUUCUAUUAAAAAAUACAGUUUUUUGAGUUAAAUUACGUCUGCCUACGGUAGAUUUUUACUGAAGGAUAAGGAGAUGUCUGACUGUAAGGUGUUAAACUUAAUAACUAUGUGCACAGACCUUCAUUUCAUCCACUCAUUUAAAAGUUGCUCCACAGAAACACAAAAAUUAACACAAAUAACAUGUGUUCAAAUCUACCACAUUAAUCCUACAACUCUAUCUUAAUUUUAAACAGUUUAGAUAUAAAAACAUUACAUUUGUAUGAACUAUAACUAAGAUUAAAAUAAUUUCCUGCUU